AUGAACAAACGUUUUGCAACUUUCAGGAGUCGUCGCAGUAGAGUUUGGUACAGAAGUCGGGAGUUUCUGAUUGUGAUGGCGAUUUGUAUAGUGUCAUUGAUUGUGAGACUAUGGCGUAUCGGAUAUCCAAGUUCCGUUGUGUUUGAUGAAGUGCAUUUCGGUGGAUUUGCUUCAAAGUAUAUCAAAGGCCGCUUCUUUAUGGAUGUUCAUCCCCCACUAGCUAAAAUGCUUAUUGCUUUUACCGGAUGGCUCUUUGGGCUGGACCCUAGCUUCGACUUCAAGGAAAUCGGAUUAGACUAUCUUAAACCCAAGGUCCCAUAUGUGGCAAUGAGAAUGCUUUGCGGGCUCAUGGGCGUGGCUGUUGUACCUAUGGCAUUCUAUACGAUCAAGAAUUCUGGCCACUCAUUACAUGCAUCGAUCUUGGCAGCAGUUCUUGUCCUUUUUGAAAACGCUAUUACCACGCAAAGUCGACUUAUCUUACUGGAUUCCCCAUUGAUCUUCUUUACAGCAUUUACAGUCUUGGCUUGGACCAACUUUCAUAAUCAGCGAAAAUAUCCGUUUUCAGAUGAUUGGUUCAUUUGGCUUUUCCUUACAGGACUGGGACUUGGUCUUGCCGGCAGUGUAAAAUGGGUUGGAUUAUUUAUUAUCGCAACUAUUGGCACAUCGACUAUCAAUCAACUUUGGCUCCUUUGGGGGGAUUUGAGGGUCCCAAUCCGAACCUGGCUUGAUCACUUCCUUGCACGCGCUGUCUGUUUAAUCCUUGUACCUGUAAUUGUGUACAUGUUUAUGUUUGAGAUCCACUUUUUACUGCUUGCAUCUUCGGGAGACGGCGAUGGUUUCAUGAGCGCGCCAUUUCAGAUGACAUUAGGUUACUCUCUGAAAGAUUCGCCCUUGGCAGUAGCUUAUGGAGCCACGAUUACUAUUCGUCAUCAAGGCACGCAGGGGGGCUAUCUCCACUCCCAUCCAUCAAACUACGAGACAGGAAGCAAACAACAGCAAAUUACUCUAUAUCCACACAAGGACAAUAACAAUGAGUGGAUCAUUCAAAAACGAGAUGGAUCCGUUCCGGAUACUUUAGAAUAUGUAAAGCAUGGAGAUUAUGUUCGACUGUUGCAUGUUCCGACCAAAAAACGCCUGCACUCACAUGACCAAAAGCCACCUGUAACGGAAACUGAGAACCAUUUCGAGGUUAGCGGGUAUGGCCAUGAAGGCUUUGCUGGAGACUCAAAUGAUGAAUGGCGCUUGGAGAUUGUGGACUAUGACGGUAAGGACAAGGAAGCUAAGCAGACAAUGCAUACGUUGCGAUCGAAGUUCAAGUUAGUCCAUGCCAAUAUGGCCUGUGAUUUAUUUUCGCACCGAGUCAAGUUGCCGAAAUGGGCAUUUGAACAACAAGAAGUAACCUGUCUUCGAAGCGCUGUGCUUCCUAAAGCUACCUGGAUGGUCGAAUCGAAUGCAUAUAAUGAAUAUCCUGCUGGAGUGCCCAUGGUUAAUUAUAAACGUCCUGGGUUCUUUGGAAAGUUUUUCGAGCUAAACAAAGUCAUGUGGACAACCAACGCCGGCCUGACAGAUUCACAUCCUUAUGACUCUAGACCGUCAUCAUGGGUAUGGUUGAGGCGUGGUAUUAGUUUUUGGGGGAAAGAACGGAAGCACAUUUAUCUUAUUGGUAAUUGGUUCACUUGGUAUCUGUCUUCAUUCUCGAUUGUACUUUAUGCUGCUAUCCGCAUCUUGUUGGUUGUGCGCGAUAAGCGAGGCUACCGUGACAAUUUCCGAGGUCUCCGUGAAUACUACGAGCUCUCUGGAGGAUUUUUUUUCAUGGGAUGGUGCUAUCAUUAUAUACCAUUCUUCCUCAUGGGUCGCCAACUCUUUCUGCACCAUUACCUACCAGCGCUUUACUUUGCUAUUCUCAUGUUAUGUGUUACAUUUGAUCUAGUCUGUCGCUUCAUUCCUAAUCGGCACCGUCUUGCAGCAUUGAUCAUUGUCUCUUUAUCUGCAAUCAUGGUCUUUCGCGCUCGAGCCCCCUUGGCCUAUGGAUCCGAAUGGACACGGUCACAGUGUGAAGCAUCGAAGCUUCUCAAAACUUGGGAUUAUGAUUGCUACCAAUAUCCGGAAUCGUACUCAGAGUAUCGGACGACGGAAGCUGUAUAUAACCAAAAUAAGGCACAGACUGUGGAGACUUUAGUGCAGAAUAAGCCUCAUGACUUUUUGGAAAAUUUAUUUUCUCAUGCACCCUUGUCGUCUGUUACGUCUAUUCAAUCAUUGGAGUCAACCACAAAGCAACAAGCACAAAUAGUAGGCGAGCAAAAACAGGAACAACUCAAGGAAGCACUCAGUAUGGAUGACAAUGAAUUCAAGGAAAGAAAGAUACGGGGGACGGAUGCUGGGGUAGAUUUAGAGGCAGAUGUGCCAUUAAUAGAAGAGAAGGUCGGUGAGGAUGGUGACGAUGGUGAUGACGGUGAUGACGGUGUUAAUGAAGAGGAGGACGAUGUUGAAGAUGAACCUUUUUCAGAGCCUGAAGGUCAACUCGCGGGCGAGAGGGAAGCAGGUGGCGCUGUUGAAGCUCGAUCUCCAUAA